CUAUAUGUAUAUAUUUUUCUGAACGAUUCUCCGUUUUCUAUCUAAUCCCAUCUGAAAGAUAAAACAAUCCAAACCCCAGACGUCCCCACCUAGCGUACCAUAAGUUUCAGAACCCAAAAGAAAAACCCCAAUCCUUUCGAAACGGCCACGUGCAUCUCAUGCUCGAUCGUCUUCUUCCACCUAUCUCCACCGGCGCACGUUGGCUCAUGCUCCUAUCAGUCCCUACUUCACUUCAUGUAGAAUACUCAAUGCUCAACUUGACUCUUCAUCGUAGUUUAGCAGCUGUACUGUAACUUAUUUCUAUUUCCUAAUUCUUUUACCAAUCGGAAUAACUAUGAUGGGAUCAGAUAACCAGGGCUUUGAAGAGGCCCAUAUGUUAGCUUCCCGAGAAGAAAUGGAGAACCUUGUCCUCGACGAGCCUUCUAAUAACAGCAACGGCACCAAAUCCUUUUCCGAUUAUCGCAGCGCCAUGUCAUCGCUCGCCGACACUCAACACCCUCUUUCGCCCCCGAUGGUGGUGGCUCCAGGUGACUCUGAUCCUCUUCUCACUCCUUCGUCCAUUAAUGAUUUACGAAACCCUCACGUCUCAACCGAUAACUCGUCCUACAUCGAACCGCCGUCCUAUGCCGAUGUCAUUUUCAGUCCGUUCGAUGAGAACGCUGGCAACGAAAUCAACGGCGUCGAUAGCCCCGAUCGGGCUUCCGAUUCAUCGGUUUCUCUCUCGAGAUCACCGUCCUCCACCUCCGAUUAUAUCAAAAUAACAGUCUCGAAUCCACAGAAGGAGCAAGAAACUUCUAAUUCUCUCGUCCCAGGAAGUAACACUUAUGUUACGUAUCUAAUCGCGACGAGGACGAAUAUACCGGGAUUUAGCGGAUCUGAAUUUAGCGUUCGAAGGCGAUUUAGAGACGUGGUAACUUUAUCAGAUCGUUUAGCAGAGUCAUAUCGAGGGUUUUUUAUCCCGCCGAGGCCGGACAAGAAUUUGGUGGAGAGCCAAGUGAUGCAGAAGCAGGAGUUUGUGGAGCAGAGGAGAGUGGCGUUAGAGAAAUACUUGAGAAGACUCGCAGCGCAUCCAGUGAUAAGGAAAAGCGAUGAACUAAAGGCUUUUUUACAGGUUCAAGGGAAGUUGCCGUUGCCAACCAGUACUGAUGUAGCUUCAAGGAUGCUCGAUGGUGCAGUGAAGUUGCCCAAGCAGUUAUUUGGAGAAAGUGCGGUAGCGGCGCCACACGAAGUGGUGCAGCCAGCAAAAGGAGGUAGGGAUUUGUUGAGGCUAUUUAAGGAGUUGAGGCAGUCAGUUAGUAAUGAUUGGGUAGGAUCAAAGCCACCAGUUGUUGAGGAGGACAAAGAGUUCUUGGAGAAGAAAGACAGGAUGCAUGAUCUUGAGCAGCAACUCAGCAACGCUUCUCAGCAGGCUGAAUCUCUGGUGAAAGCACAGCAAGAUAUGGGGGAGACGAUGGGAGAAUUAGGGUUAGCAUUUAUAAAAUUGACUAAAUUUGAGAACGAGGAGGCUAUCUUUACUUCACAGAGAGUGACGGCUGCUGACAUGAAAAAUGUGGCGACAGCUGCAGUUAAAGCAAGCCGAUUCUACCGGGAGCUAAAUGCACAGACUGUCAAGCAUUUGGAUACUCUCCAUGAAUAUCUCGGGCUAAUGUUAUCUGUCCAUGGGGCAUUCUCAGACCGUUCUAGUGCUUUGUUGACUGUGCAAACUCUUAUAUCAGAAUUGUCCUCAUUGCAAUCAAGGGCUGAAAAACUUGAAGCUGCAUCAUCAAAGAUAUUUGGUGGUGACAAGUCAAGGAUUCGCAAGAUAGAGGAGUUGAAGGACACCAUAAGAGUCACUGAGGAUGCGAAACAUGUUGCAAUUAGAGAGUAUGAACGGAUAAAGGACAAUAACAGAAGUGAACUGGAGAGGCUUGACAGAGAAAGGCAUACUGACUUCUUGAACAUGUUGAAGGGGUUUGUUCUUAAUCAGAUUGCUCCAAAGUCAACGUUGCAUGUAAAGCUCAAAUAGAUUGUGGUUGCAUCUUGUCCUAGUCCUUGCGUACAUCGAGUUUUACUGGAUUCUCAAUUGUAUGUAUGACAUCAGGUGAGAGAAAAACCUGAUGCAUCAAAUUAUAGAAACCUGAGGUACAGUUCCGCUAUUAUUUUCUGCAACAAUCAAUCAUUGUGAUGUUCAUUGAAGCCCAGGUGAUGACGGCACUUAAUAAUAAUUGCUGUUAAAGAAUAAAUGGAAGCGCUUCUCACGUGUACUUUCUGUUAGUACAUUAUGGUAAUGAUCAAGCACCUUUAUAUGUUUGAACGUACAGGUGGGAUAUGCUGAGAAGAUUGCAAAUGUAUGGACGAAGGUUGCAGAAGAGACAAGUGCAUAUUCUAGAGAGAGCACUUGAAUGUAUGGGUGGCUGUAAAUUCUGAUAUUCUGCUCUUAAUUUCUUUUUUCUUAAUAUUUGUUAUUGCUCACUUUUAGGAAAUAUUGUUACAUUGAAAGAAUAAAGAAGAGAGAGAAGUUUGUAGCUUUAUCAAAUUUCACUUUGUGUGUUAGUGAGGUUGUUAUUUGUUCAACACUUCCUGAAAUGUUAAUUUUGAUGAUGUAAUUUUGCAUUAUUACCAAUUUAAAUUCUGAAGGGUUUUGAGCUGA